GGUCUGGUAUCGUCUCUACGUCCUAUUCAUCCUGCUCCUCCUGUCCACGUGGAACCUUGCGACGCGGAACCUGCCCAGCUACCUUGUCACCGUGCCAGUGCCCGAGUGCGAGUCCGUGUGCGAGGGCAUCGCGUACCACCCACUCUGUGGCAAGAACGCCGUCGACACCUUCCCAAGGGGGACGCCGACUCGCUACCAGCUGUGCCAGCUCUGCAGGGCGAGAGUGGUGCCGACUCCGCCGCAGCAAGGGCCGCCGGCCCGGCGAGGAUUGCAGCGGAGCAGGUUGCCUCCGGUGCUGCCGACACCAAGGGCGCCAGCCUCUCCGUGGACGGGCCUGGUGCGUGGGCCAACAGCAGAAGGAUGCAGGUGAAGUUCGGCGUCGCCAGCAGCCAGCUGCAGCUGCGGGCGCAGGAGAUGACCCGCAGAUCCUGGUCACGGGCGGCACCCCCACGAAGGUGAGCUACGGCGACGUCAUGGAGGACGUUCCCUGGAGCGACAGCUGGGGCCAGGACGCGUCCUUCUACAACAUGGCGGACGGCGCCUGCCUCUACCAGUGGGAGUACGGCAUCCUCAUCGGCUUCGGCUUCACGCUCGUCUUCGGCGCUGGCUCGUUGUUUGCCGGCUGGGUCUGUGACCGCAGGUCGCGCGUUGUAGUCGCCUCGGCCUCCCUGAUGGUCAUGUCGGUGGCCACCGCGCUCCAGGCCUCCGCGCACAGCUUCCUGUACCUGCUGGUGUUCCGGGCGAUCAUCGGGCUGGCGCAAGCGUUCGCGAUGCCGGCUGCCAUAUCCAUCCUGUCCGACUACUUCGUCGAGAAGCAGAAGGUCGCGGUGGGCGUCCUCUCGGUGGGCCUGUACCUCGGCUCGGGCUGCGCCUCCUUCUCGCUGCUGUUUGCGAUGGCGCUCGGCUGGCGCUGGGCGGUGCUCCUCGCAGGCCUGGUUGGCAUAGCGCUGGCGCCGGUCCUUUACCACACGGUGAAGGAGCCCGAGCGGACCAUCUUCAACGCCCCGUGCAACCUGCAGG